AAUCAUGAAGUAGAAGCUUGUGAGAAUUGCAACAAGUGUGUGUGAAGAUGAAGAGUGAGGUGAAGUUGUUGGGGGCAUGGCCAAGUCCAUUUGUGAUGAGGGUUCGCAUAGCUCUAAACAUGAAAUCAGUGGAAUAUGAAUUCCUUGAGGAAAGGUUGGAGUCCAAAAGCCAGCUUCUACUUCAAUCCAACCCUAUUUACAAGAAGAUUCCUGUUCUUAUUCACAAAGACAAACCCCUCAGCGAGUCUUUGAUCAUUUUGCAGUAUGUGGAUGAUGUCUGGUCCUCUCACUCUUCCAUUCUUCCUUCUGAUCCUUAUGACCGUGCCAUUGCUCGUUUCUGGGCUGCUUAUAUUGAUGAAAAGUGGUACCCGACCAUGAGAUCCAUCAGAGGAGCCGAAGGAAUCGAGGAGAAGAAGAGAUUGAUAGAGGAGGUGAAAGAAGGGUUGGCAUUGUUGGAGGACGUGUUCAAGAAUAGCAGCAAAGGGAAGGCCUUUUAUGGCGGUGACCAACUAGGGUUGUUGGACAUUGCACUCGGUGGCUUCUUGGGGUGGCUGAGGGUCACAGAAGUAGCCAAUGGAGUGAAGUUGCUUGACCAGGGAAACACACCUGAGCUCGUGAAAUGGGCUCAAAGGUUCUGUGCACAUGAUGCUGUUAAACAUGUUAUGCCUCAGACAGAGAAGCUUAUUGAGUUUGCCAAGACCCUUAAACGCUGAUCAAGGCUUAAAAUAUAUAGGUGCUUCACUUCUGCUUCCAUGUAAUGCUAGUUUUAAUAAAAUAACAUGGAAUGCAGUGUUUGUUGCCCAUGCCUGUUGAGGGUUUAAUUUCUGUACUUUUGUUUGGUUUGAACUUUGGAUCAACAAAGUUUCAUAGUCCUUUGUGUCUA